AUGUCUAUAAAUCCUUGUUCUUCUUCUUCAUCGUCAUCAACAUCAGUUAAAUUUAUAAAUACAACACCUUCCACCUACGAUCCUGCAAGCAUCGACCUUCAUUAUAGUAGUGGAGAUGAUGACAACGGCAACAAUGCCGUUUCUUUUAAAGAAUUCGAAAAUAUCAAUAUCCCUUUUCCCCCAGACAUCAAAGCAGAGGCCUUGAUAAAUUGUAAAAAGAAUGGCAAGAUGCCGUCUAGAUCUCCCAAUUCUUUUAUGGUCUAUCGGAAGGCCUUUGUAAACGAACUUCACAAAAAUGGUCAUUAUGUCUCAAUGACUAUUGCCUCGCCAAUUAUCGCCAAAUUGUGGAGGCGUGAGCCAAAUCAUAUAAAAAACGCGUAUAGAGCUAUUUCCAAUCAAGCCAAACGUCUGUUUUUGCUAAGGCAACGUGGAAAAUCAGAUAAUGGCCGAGAAGGUGGUUUGCCAUCAUCUAAAUCAAUAAUAAAUACAAACAAUCCUGCUUUGUUAUCUUACAUUGCAAUUAAAUUUAGAAAAAACCAGAAGUUAGAUGUUCACACUAAAGGGUUUAUCGACUAUUCCAAUACUUUUACUGGUUCAGAUGCCGUGGGCACAAUCCAUUCUUUAUUACCAAAAAAUACGCCAAGACAUGUUGCAUUACAAAUGGCAAGGUCGUUAGAAUCACAAAUGUUUUUUCAAUCAGUUAACCUUGCCUUUUCCUCCUACAACAAUUUUGUUGUAAUACACGAUUCUGAUAAAGAUGUAUACUCUCCUUUGUGUAAUAUUUAUAGUGGCAUUGUUAGUGAUGACAGUAAAGGUUGUUAUUCUACAACUUGUAAAAAUUAUGUUCAUAAUCAGAAUCCUCAACCUCCAUCGAUCAAUAAUAACGAUAUAGGGAGAAAGUCAAUACCAGAUUUUGAUAAUACUCUAUUACCAAAAUUUUCAUGGAUGAAUUCAGCUCCUAAGGAAAUACUGGAUAAAAUUUCUAGAAAUGAAUUAAAACGACAAGAAAUUAUUUUUGAAACUAUUUAUACCGAAGAAGAUUAUAUUAAUGAUUUGAUUAUUUUGGAAACUGUAUAUGUUAAACAACUUCGAAAUGCCACACCACCCAUUAUACCACCAGAAAGACUCGAAGAAUUCAUCAAAGGGAUAUUUUGCAAUGUUUUUGAUGGCAUAUUGACCGAUAACAAAAAAAUGCUUCACCUCCUAAAAACCAGACAACAACAAAGUCAUGUGAUUGAAAAAAUUGGUGAUAUUUUCUUGGAGUGUGCUCAACAAUUUGGUCAUCAUUAUAUCAAAUAUAACGAAAAUUUUCCUUUUGCCGAUUAUCUUGUCAAAAAUGAAAAAUUAAAAAAUCAUAACUUCAAAGAAUUUCUAGAGAGAUGUUCAAGAGAUCCACAGACUCGUAGAUUAGACUUUCGUCACUUUGUACAAAGGCCUACACCACGUCUACAAAAAUACGUUUUACUACUUGAACAAAUACUUAAAUACACUUCUGACGAUAAUCCUGAUAAACCAGUUCUUAUUAAAUCUAUAGAAGCAUUCAAACAUUUAUGUAGAGAAAGUGAUAAUAAAGUUCAUGAGUCAGAAAAAAAAGUAAAAUUUAGAGAACUUUAUCUAAAAAUAAGAACGCAAGAUAAUAAAGUUUUUGAACAACUAGAUAUAUUAAAUCCUGAAAGAAUCCUUUUUUUUAAAGGUGAACUACAAAGGAGAUCAAGCAAUCGUCUUGAAUGGAGUGAUCUUUUUGUUUUUCUUUUUGAUAAUUAUUUAGUAUUGACUAAAAGAAAAAUGAUUGAUUAUGAUGGCAAUGAAAAAUACAUUAUAUCUGGAAAGCCCAUUCCAUUGGAAAUGUUAGUAUUAGAUGGAUUUAAUGAUCUUGGUCGUACGAGGUCAGGCAGUAAUUCACAAUAUUUACGAAUGUUUGAAUCAAAAAAAAUUAUAUCAAAAGGAUCAAGAGGAUCUAAAAAAUCAAAUUCAUUAUCGAACAAAUUUGUUGACAAUUACGAAAGACCAAAAUCAUUAAUAAUUGAUGAAUCAAUUCAGAAUAAUCAGAAUCAGCAACAGAUGAAAAAUUUAUCAUUCACAAUAAUUUAUGUUGGUAAAAAUAAUGGUGAAGUAACUUAUCAAUUAUACGCAGGUUCCUUGGAUAAAAAAAAGUUAUGGAAAGAAAAAAUCCUCGAAGCCCAAACUCAUCUUGCGUCAAAAAAUGCUAAAUAUAAAUUAUUUGAAUUGAUCACCAUCAAUGAUUCCACCUUUACUAAUUUGUCUAUCGGGAAUCAAGAUAGCCAUAGAAAUAUUGAUAACUACCAUUAUAACAAUCAUAGUCAUAAUAUUUAUGGAUCAUCAAAUCGUAAGAUGGUUGCAAUUGGUACUGAAGAGGGUGUAUGGAUAGGUGCAAUAGAUGAUGCUCAAUCAUAUAGAAAGGUAUUACAUAUUGGCAACGUAACACAAAUGAAAGUAUUACAAGAUUUUGGAAUGUUUAUAUUAUUAGUAGAAGAGAUAUUUGAGUUAUUGGAUUCUGUUGACAGGUCUCCAAGUCUUCUUUUUUUGGUUGAAUUGUUGAUCCCAAAUUUUUCAUAUGCUUCACCUUUGUUCAAGGAAUUUAAAAGUAGCCAAAUUAAUAUUAAUCAGGAAAAUCGUACCAAAACCAAAAUCAAAGAAUGCCAAUAA